AUGAGUAAACCUAAGAAUAAGGAAUCUAUUGUUUUAUUAAACAUUUCAUUGAUUCAAUGCUUCUGGCAAGAAAUAAAAAAGAAAGUUUCAGUAUUUAAUUCUAUUGACUCGAAUAGGAUAAAUAAAUAUAUUCAUAGAAGUUGGAGAAUCUGAUUAUGGAAUUAAACAAGAAAAAUUUAAUGAUAAACCUAAUAAAUAUUUCACUCUAUAUUAGAUUAGAGCAUCAGGUAAUUACAAAAAUUGAACAUUAAUUGGAUGAGAUGGAAAUUUAUGAUUGGAAAAUAUAAAUAGUAUAUGAGAGAGUUAGGAAAAUUGGAGAUGGAGAAUCAUGACUUAAUUAUUGACAGUAUUUAUUUUCCUUUAUAUAAAUUGGAGAUGUGAGUAUUAAGAUAGUGAAUUGAUUGGAUAAGCUUAAUUAACAUCAACUAAUAAUAACAGAAUGCUAAAUUAGGAUCAUUUACUAAAUCAAAAACCAAAAAUUUUCAAUUGAGAAUGGAAUAUGAUAAAUUUAAAAU